AUGGCGAAGAAGAAGGCGAAAACUGCCGAAAAUUGCUCUAGAAAUUACUUGGAUGUUAUUUACAUUGUUUUUGUAUUGAUUUUAGGUAAGGAAAAGGCAUUUUUUGAAGAAAAAUGGCUAUAAAUAAAGCAAAAGAACAUUAUAAUUUUUUCAGCAAGUAUAAUAUCAAUUGGACACUCGAUUUACUUGUAUACAUUGUUUGAAAAUGACCGAUUCUUCUCACAUUUGUCUGAUUUGGAACGAGAAAUGUCAUAUCGAACGGAAAUGGUAUGGGUUUACUUGUUUGCUUGAUUUUUAGGAAACAAAAGGCACUAGAAGGGAUGGAAGAGGGCUUAAAAGAAGCGUAAUAUACCAUGGAAUGAAAUAUUGACAUUUUAGAAAAUUUGGUUUAAAAAUAAUUGAGAUAUUUGAAGUUUUGUAAGGACUUUCAUCAGUAAUGAAGGAUCAUGAUUUAUAUUUUAAAUCUUGAGCUAAAAUAGAGUAUAAAUUUAUGUAAAAUGAAUUCAACGGGCCAAUAGCAGUACAAGGGAGGUAACUUCAAUAAGUUUCAGGGGUUGUACUUUUCCUACUACAAGAAAAUAGUCAAUUCUCCGUCGUUUAUAUCCGGAGUUCAGAAUAUUAUGUAUGACGAUAGAGUAGAAGCUGGACAUACGAUUAAUGCUCUUCAGAGGUUCAACCUAUAUCCAGAGGUGUAUCUUGGAGCAGCUUUUAGUAUUUUUAAGCAAUUUACCAAAAGUUUUGGGUAUGAAGAUGAGAUUUGUUAUCAAAUCAACCGUGGCAAACUGCCGCCAGUAAAUAGCUGUGAAGGUGUUGGUAAUCUACAUUUCUUCUACAAUUAUGCUGUCUUUGGGUUAGCUGGUACUGUGUUGGGUUCUGUUUUUGUUCUUGGUACUUUGUUGAGGUGAGUUUUGGCAAAAACGGGCUUUUACUUGAUGUUUUAGUUAUAAAAUAAUAUAAAACUUAAUAUAAUUGAAAUAUUUUGCAUAUAUAACUCAAUAAAAUUGACUUGUUUUGCAGUAACACCAUAUCAGGAGGGUUGAUAUCAGCGGCGGCGUAUCUUUACAAUCAUGGCAAUGCUACUAGAGUACAAUGGACGCCACCGCUAAGGGAAUCUUUCGGGUUUCCAAUGUUAUUCUUUCAAAUGGCAAUGUUAACCAUGUUUUUAAGGUAACUUCCAAUAUAGUUUUUUCUAAUUUUGAUGUGAGUGUGUGUUGUUGUACAUAAAAUUUGAUGUUUUAGGAGCAAAAACGCUGGAAAGUUUGGAUUGUUCUUGUUUGGAUGGUCUACCUUGCACUUUAUUUUGUUCUGGCAGGUGGGUAAAUGAACUUUUUAAUGUUACCCAAUUUAGGCUUAAAUGAGCAUGAUUUAGGCUUAAGUAUAAAUUUUUAGGCUUUUAUAAUUUUUUAGGUUUGUAAAAAAACUUUUUGCCCUUUUUUGAUUUGGAAAGAAAUUUAAUGCCAUUUUUUGAUUUGUAAACAAAGUUCUUGCCAUUUUUUGUUUUUUAAACAAAGUUUUUGCCAUUUUUUGCCUUGUAAAGAAAGUUAUUGUUAUAUUUUUCAGUUUUCCGGCUUUGCCCUAUUCGCCCAGCUCUCAUGCCUAUUAGUCACCUACUCACUAGGCCUAAUUCAACAAGACCUGGUCAAAAAGCUGUGGAAUACCUACAUGAUCAGCUUGUUAAUGGGAUUUGUGUUGUUAUUCGGAAACUCUUUGAUCCUGAAUUCAUUGUUUUUCACUGGAUUGGUCAGCUUUAAAGUAAGUUUUAACAAAUUAGGGACCUUGAGGAGUUUUUGGAGGAUUUGCGAGCUGCGGGUGACAAGUUAUACGAUGGGGGAAGAGAUUUUAUAAGUUUUCGCUUUGUAAAGAAAGUUCUUGCCAUUUCUUGUUUUGUAAAGAAAGUUUUUGCAAUUUUAUGUUUUGUAAAGAAAGUUCUUGUGAUUUUUUAUUUUGUAAAGAAAGUUCUUGCCAUUUUAACUUUUGCAAUAUAACUUUGAAAUUUUUAGAUAAUAACAAUGCUCGACACAAAAAUAUCCUUCUCCGGAUCACCAAAACUACUAUUAUACACAGUAUUCUACCUCACAACGACAGUAGGCCUAAAGUUCUUACUGGGCAAGUCACUAGGCAUUCGUGAUGACGACCACAUCUUCGACAUUUUAAAAUCGAAAUUUACAAACUUUGCCACAUUCCACACAAUGUUAUACACCUGCGCUGCUGAAUUUGACUUCUUGCCAUUGGCUACAAUCAUAGAGCUAAGCGAAACUUAUCUUACUAUAGCUGCUUUACUGGCAUUGUUGAUUACUGUAGUGUUUGUGUUUAAAAACAUUCUUUUGUUACAGUAUGAAGACAGUAAGGAGUUUGGACAUGUAAGUUUGGGUUUAUAAACAAACUUAUUCCAGAUUAAAGGUUUUGGAGAAGUUUUGGAAAGUCAAAGAUUGGUGGAAGGUUUACAGUGCAAAAUACAUUACAAAUCUUCCAUUCAACUUCCACUUUUAAAAACUGUCAAAAAUGCAUUUUUAGGCCAUUUUAAGACAUUUUAAAAGUGGAAGUUUGAUGGAAGAUUUUCAGUGCAAAAUACAUUACAAAUCUUCCAAUUAACUUCCACGUUUAAAAACACUCGAUUUUGGGGGAUUUUAAUGAAAAAUCUUGGAUUUUAUCAAUUUUUAGAUAAAAUUAAGUUAACUUGUUGCAUGUUUAGGUAGUAUUCAAUGCUGGACAGAUGGUGAUCUUCACCAUAAUGGCCUUAUUGAUCAUGAGGUUGAAGUUGUUCGCUGUUCCACAGUUCUGCGUCUUUGCUGCGGUGAUUUUUAACAGUAAAGUAAGUUUGUAGAGCUGAUUUUACUUUGGAUUUCAAAAUUUAAAAUUCAAAAUUUGAACUCUCAAAUUUUGCACGGUGCAUGUUUUCUAAAAACUUUUUGACCGUUAUACCUAAAAUGACAAAGCAGAUAAUAAAAUGUCAUUUCAGUUGAUUUCAACUACAUUCGGACGCAAAUUAAAGUACAAACCAGUGCUUAUUAUAUUACUCAUGGCUUUGAUGACAUACAAAGGCAAGGAUAAUAUCGCAAAACAAAUCGGAAUCAAGGGAGAAUAUUCAAAUGAGCCUCAAGAGUAUCUGUUCGAUUGGAUUGAGACCAACACUCAUAAAGGUACCUAUUUUUUAACUAUGUAAAUGAAAAAAUGGGGUUUUUUUGAAAAUUUGAUGGCAAGUACAAUAUUUUUAAUGUUUUGAUAAUGAAGAUGUAUAUAAAAUAAUGUGUUUUUUUGUGAAUAAUAUUUUUAGAUGAUGUAUUUGCUGGAUCGAUGCCAACAAUGGCCAAUAUUCAUUUAUCGACCGGUCGGAAGGUCUUCAAUCAUCCCCACUAUGAAGAUGCUGGGCUACGGUAGGUUUUUGAUGGAUUUUGAAGUCUGUAGCUUACUGUAAAUGUCGAUCUUAGUAUCAUGUGAUAGACAAAGAAUUUCCCAAUGAUAUAGUAUUAAAUAGAAUGGCAAUAUAAAGCUUUUGGUGUGACCAACAAGCCAUGAGAAUUUCAGCUAAAACAAUGUUAACAUGCUUUCAGCGAACGCACCUUUCAAGUAUACCAAUUCUAUGGUCGAAACACGCCAGAAACCGUUUACAAAACCUUUAAAAAGCUUGGGAUCAACUACUUUGUACUAGAACCAUUCCUAUGCAAAGGACAUCAACGACCAGAGUGCACGUAUAUUGGGAUGUUCGACAAGAUAUACAAGAAAGACUUGGAAAAACCCACUAAUUGUGACAGAAUCAUACCGAUAUUGGAGCAGAAUCGAAAGAAUGUGGAGUUUAAACCGUUCCAGAUCGUUUAUAUGGCAACUGGCUAUGUCGUUCUUAAAGUUUAG